UUUGCUUUCCUCCUCAUUAUCUAUUAUAUAAUCUUCCCUUUGCACUCUUACCCUUAUUUCGCUUUUUCAUUUUUUUUGUUCGAAUGGUUAUCGCUGAAUUCUCCAAUUUCUUAGUGUUAUAUAUAUAUAUAUAUAUAAUCAGAUUGUUUUGAAGGGCUUGUUUUUAUGGUUAUUAUCGAUAAUAGCAAAUUGGGUUUUGUUUUCUUUAGGCUGGAUUGUUUUUCUUUCUUUCUUUUAGGGUUUUAAUUUGCAGCCAUUUUGAUUGAAUAUGGGGAAUUUGAUCAAAUUACAGACGAAGAGAUCUUUAGCUAAAAAGGCAUAAAAUUUCACUAAUUUCGGUGCUGAAUGUGAGAUUUCUAUAUUACAAUGAUGAAUUUAUGUUCUUGUUCAGUAUCAAAUACAUUCAUACUAAGUGGAAUAGUAUUGAUUCAAUGUAAUGUUUGAAUAACAAAGGUUUAAGCUUUACCUAAAAGGCAUAUAAUUUCACUAAUUGUGGUGCUGAAUGUGAGAUUUCUAUAUUACGAUGAUGAAUUUCUGUUCUUGUUUAGUAUCAAAUACAUUGAUACUGAGUGGAAUAGUAUUGAUUCAAUGUAAUGUUUGAAUCGUGUUAUUGCAGAUAGAUUGGUAGUUGUAGAUGGAUAAUGAAGGUGGUGUUCAACCUAAGCAAGAACGUUCGAGGACUAGGUGGACACCGGCCCUUGACAAGACAUUUGCAGACUUGGUUAUUAAGCAGAUUCAAUUGGGGAACAGGCCAAACAAUGUUUUUGACAAGAAAACGUGGAAUAGUAUCCGCGAUGAGUUUAACAAGCAAACGGAUCUCAACUUCAACAACAAUCAAUUGAGGAAGCACCUGGAUGUUCUAAGGACGCGCUUCUACAAUCUCAAGUCGGCUUAUGAUCAAACUAAUGACUAUGCUUUGGAAGAUCCGUGUUGUAUCGAGUUUGAUCAUCUAUGGGCAGACCUAGGGGUACAGCAGCCGAGGCCUGAAACUACUAAAGUGAAGGAUUGCCCCAUAUAUGAUCAGCUGUGCACAAUAUUCACAGACUCAGCAGCCGAUGGGAAAUACGCUGAAUCUAGUCAUUAUGAAGGGUUGGACAAAUCUGCAGGAACGGACAAUGUAGUUCUGAGUUCCUGUCCUGACAGUGGAGCCCCUCAGUCUGAAAACCCACCAUCCUCAAGACCUGUGCAAGGAAAUGCAUUAUUAGCAGAGAAGGUGGCCAAGGUUGUAGUAGAGAGAAAAAGGAAGCGAACAUCUGAUACACAGUCUUCUGAGGGUCAAAGCAGAAGGGAUCAAGAAACAUGUGAUGCCAUGGCAAAAGCCCUACAAGAUAUGAUUGCUGCCUCAAAGCUGAGGACAGCGGCAACAAUGCCUAGAGACGACAAGUUUAGCAUAACUAAUUGUAUAAGAGCACUGGAUGAGAUAAAAGACAUUGACGAACAGCUUUACUUUGCUGCAGUUGACCUGUUUGAUAACCCUAAUUUAAGGGAGACAUUCAUCUCUCUAAAAGGUGAUCAAAUACGGUUGAGAUGGUUGCAAGGGAAGUGCAGUAAAGCUGCCUACAGUUAGGUUAGGGCAUGAACUUUCAGAAAUUUUUGGUAGUAUAGAACUUAUCUUCAUGGCCAAUUUUGUUUUGGACGUACAGUUAACUAACUUGUUCAUAAUAUGGCUUGGUUCAGGAGAAAGAAAUAGUGAAACUACGUUGUUCAUAGAUAUUUUCUUCA